GACAAAGUCUCGGGCUCUCUGAUUCUGAAACGCGGGUCUAGGCGCCUCGGCAAGUCUCGGAUUUACCUUUCGCUACCCUUUUUAGAAUGAAGCGAGUUGAAAAGCUUGUCACGCUAUCUCAUUUUAACGGAUCGUGUUACAACAGAGUCGGCCGCAAUGUGUUCUACUUUAUAUCAUUGGCGGUUGAUGCGGACAAGCAUCAAGCAGAAGAGCAAACAUGGAUUAUAAUUUUCAUUGAUUGUUAUUCAAAGGUUGACAAGUGCUUGCAAGACUUGCCUCAAAAGAUCGUAAUAGAUUUACAUCUUUUAAAGUCGUCGAUGUAAACAUGGCUGCAAGACUUAUAAGGCAAAUGUUCUUUGGUGUAAUAUUAUUAACUUUAGUGUAUGUGAUAAUUUUAUACCACAAACCCAAUUGGACAAUAACAAGAGUUUUCCCCCGACCCAGUGAAGCAAAAAGGACGGUCUCAAACAGGACAGAAUUUGUUUUUUUACGCAGUACUGGCUCAAGCAGAGGUGAAGUGUUGAAGUCACGAUGGCGGAGGUUCUACAACGAUACUGGUUGCUUCGAUAAUGAAAUGCGAGCUCAAUUAACAGAGUUAUUGAACUAUUGGAACAAAUUCACAAAAAACAACAAUAUCUCAUACGCCAUAAUGUGGGGUUCACUCCUAGGUUUAUUACGAACGAACGAUAUAAUGGCCUGGGACUAUGACAUAGAUGUGAUUGUUAGUUUAAAGGACUUGGUAAAGCUCAGGAAAUUGGCCGAGGCGGAGGGUUCUUUCGACUAUAACGAUGGGAAUAUUCAUUUGGCUGUCAUGGCUGAACCAGAAAAGAGCUUCAACACGUCCGCGGAGAAACGUGCGCGGCUUUCUUGUCGUGGCGAGGCGGUGGACAAGGUGAUGGAUCCGUGCUCGUUUGUCGAUCCAUUAGCGCGACUUUUGCUCAAAUGGUUCUUCAUCGAUAUUUACACCUAUGUGGAAGUCGGUGAUAAACUCUUCGCUCUUCCUGAGGGAAAGCGUUUUGUCAUGAACAAGGCUGAUAUGUUCCCCCUUCAGCGCUGCCACUACAUGGGUUUGGAAUGCCUGUGUCCGCGCAACCCGGAGAGACUGCUUGAGGACUGGUAUGGACCUGGUUGUGUUGAUGCUAAUGAGUUUAAGUGCAGAGACGGAGUGUGGCAAAAUCAGGAAGGCGAACGGCCGAAGAAAGACUGGAGGUUGUGACGUAGAUGGGACCCAGGGCACCGCGGGCUCACGCCUUCCCGAUGUUCUCUUGCAACAACAAUUAUACAUUUUGUCUGUUACUUACACGAUCCCUACCGAAAAUAAAUAGAUUAUUGUUAGA